AUGUUGACAGCCCUGCUGCCCCUGCUGCCACUACUGCUCCUGCCCGGAUGGACCCUCUGCAGCCAGGAAGCCUCCGAUGGCCCGUCGGACCUCCACAUGAUCCAGGUCUCCUACUUCCGCAACCCCUCUCAAGUGUGGCACCGAGGCAACGCGACGCUGGGCGGGGUCCUGACGCACGUGCUGGAAGGCCCAGGCCACAACGUCUCGAUCCAACAGCUGCAGCCCUUGCAGGAGCCCGACAGCUGGGCCCUCACGAAGAGAUACCUGAAGCGCUACCUGGAAGAGUUCGUGGGCCUGGUGCAGGUGGUGCACCAGGAGCGGGGCGUGACCUUUCCUCUGAUCAUUCGCUGCUUCCUGGGCUGCGAGUUGCCGCCUGAGGGCUCGGAAGCCCGUGUCUUCUUCGAAGUGGCUGUGAAUGGAAGCUCCUUUGUAAAUUUCCAGCCAAAGACAGCCUCAUGGGUGGCGCAACCUCAUGCACCGUCCAGAGUGGUCACUUACACGGUUGAGCAGCUCAACAAGUACAAUCGUACUCGGUACGAACUGCGGGAAUUUCUACAGGACACCUGUGUGCAAUACAUACAGAAACACAUGACCGUGAACAACUUGAAAGGAAGCCAAACAGGCCGUUCCUACACUUCACUGGUCCUGGGCGUCUUGGUGGGCUGUUUCAUCGUCACUGGAGUGGCUGUAGGCAUCUUCCUGUGCACAGGUGGACGGCGGCGGUGUUGA